GACAAAGUAGAGCACAUAUCAAGAUCUUCUGUGUACUUUGUUGACGGUUCUUAAGUCGAAUAUGCGGCAAGAAAUAAGGAGAUUAUCUGAUGAUUAUGAUAUUGCCAAUACUCUAGGGAGGGGAGGAUUUUCAGUUGUAAGAAGGGGAAUAAGGAAAAAUAGUGGAGGAAAAAUCCAGGUAGCCAUCAAGACUCUCAGGAGACUAGGAAAUUCUCAGGGAAUGCCAUGUAGCCAAGCAGGAGAAACAAGUACUGCCUCUGUAGGAUUUCCAACAUGGCAGGAUCAGGUCCCAAUUUCAGAGGCUUUACUGAGAAAUGAGAUUCUGGCUAUGAAGAAGAUAGCCAAAGAAGUAUCUCCCCAUCCCAAUGUGAUACACCUCUAUAACAUCUAUGAAGACCCAAAUGCAGUCCACAUUGUGCUUGAGCUUUGUUCUGGAGGUGAGCUUUUCGAUAGAAUAGUAUCGCAGGGAAGGUACUCGGAGAAAGGAGCUGCAGCUGUGAUUCAGCAAAUUGCCAAUGGCUUAAGUGCGCUACACCGGGCCAAUAUUGUUCACCGUGACUUGAAGCCAGAGAAUUGCCUGUUCUUGAACAGCAGUGAGAAUUCACCUUUGAAGAUUAUGGACUUUGGAUUGAGUUCUGUAGAUGAUUUCACCGACCCAAUUGUUGGAUUGUUCGGUUCAAUUGAUUAUGUCUCACCGGAGACCUUAUCUCAACAAAGAAUUUCUUCUGCAACUGAUAUGUGGUCUUUGGGAGUAAUCAUGUAUAUCCUCCUUUCUGGGUAUCCACCUUUCUAUUGUAAAUCAAAUCGGCUAAAGCAACGACUCAUAUUGACUGGUGAAUUCAGCUUUGAUGAAUAUAGUUGGAAGAACAUUUCUCCAUCAGCAAAGCAAUUGAUUUCCAGCCUUUUAGUUGUUGAUCCUAGUAGGAGACCAACAGCUCAAGAGCUUCUCUUGCAUCCUUGGGUCACAGGGGAUUCAGCAACACGGGACCUCAUAGAUGCUGAAAUUGUUUCUCGACUACAGAAUUUCAAUGCACAUCGUAAAUUUCGUGCAGCAGCUAUAGCCAGUGUAUGUGGUAUAAAAGUUUUCUUGAGAACAAAGAAACUAAGAGAUCUUGUAGGGUCACAUGACCUCACUCCUGAAGAACUUGAGAAGCUAGGGAUGCAUUUCAAGAAAAUGUGUUCAAAUGGAGUCAGUGCUACACUCCCUGAAUUUGAAAAGGUCCUUACAGCAAUGAAUAUGUCCUCACUUAUCCCUCUUGCCCCCCGCAUCUAUGAAAUAUUUGAUAGUAACCAUGAUGGAACUGUCGAUAUGAGGGAGAUACUGUGUGGGUUCUCAUCCCUCAGAAAUUUACAAGGAGAUGAUGCUUUUCGCCUUUGUUUCCAGAUGUAUGAUACAGACAAGUCUGGGUGCAUCACCAAGGAUGAAGUGGCAUCCCUGCUUAGAGCAUUGCCAGAAGAUUGCCUUCCUGCAGAUAUCACAGAACCCGGAAAACUGGAUGAAAUAUUUGAUGAGAUGGAUACAAAUAAUGAUGGGAAGGUCACAUUCGAAGAGUUUAAAGCUGCCAUGAAGAGAGAUUGCUCCCUCCAAGAUGCAGUCCUCUCCUCCCUCUGCCCAACCUAAUUCUUGGUAUCAUUAGUCAUCU